ACAUGUACUUUGUUUCCUCUAUGUGAAUCCUCACUCUAAAGGACAUAAAAGGUAUUAUAGGACAGGAAUUCUUCAUUCAUAUUUUUCAUAUGGUUUAUCUAUUAUAAUAAGUGAGGAGGAACAUACUGGUCCUUGGGAGCUAAACUAAUGGUGAGCCUCCCAAUAAUGCUGAAUUAGGUUCUAAAACUCUACAAGAAAUCUCAGUUUUUGUUAAACAUACAAGAUGCAGAUAAUGGUUGAAUAGGGCAGCUUGUGAAGUUUGAACACAAUCAAUACUCAGGUUAACCUGUCAGGUGUAAGAGAACAGGUGAAUCACCGUGAAAAUUGCUGUACAGGGACAGCAUUAUCUUACGCACAUUUACUGUAUGACACACGAGCCAUGGCAGUUAGUGUGGAAAGCCUGCAGAGAUUCCUCUCCAUCACUGUGUCUCUCCCCUCAUUCCCUGUCUGUUGUUGUUAUUUGGUGAUGAUCAUAUUCCUGGCUCCUAUCUGGCAGCGGAAAACUUCUCCUUUACAAAUUCGUCCUAUCCUUAUUCUCCACAACUUUGCCUGCAGUUUGGUCAGCAUCUAUGCUUUCUUUGGCUUCCUGAAUGGAAUCCUCUGGAGCAAGUCCAUGUUCCAGAAGGGAGACUCGGACAUACUGAGGCCGGUGUACCGUGUCUACUGGCUCACCAAGCUGCUGGAGCUCCUGGACACAGUUUUCAUGAUCGUUCGUCACAGGCGGCGCCAGAUCAGCUUCCUCCACGUCUAUCACCACAGCUCCAUCCUCCUGCUCAGCGACGUGGCCUAUCACAUGUACCCUUGGCCUGGAAUUGCCUUUUACCUCAUGAACAACUCAUUUGUCCACAUCGUUCUGUACACAUACUAUGGGCUUUCAGCUUUAUUUCCAGACAGGUCUUUUCCUUGGAAAAGACACAUCACUGAGCUCCAGAUAUUUCAGUUUUUUGUCGGUUUUGUGCAUGCAACCAUAGGCUAUGUUUACCAUGGGUUUUGUAUAUAUGGGAUUUUCUAUGGAAUAACUAUGACUGUAUUAUUCUCAAAUUUUUAUUAUAAGGCAUAUUUAGCUCCAAAAAAACCAAAGGAAUCUUAAUUUUUCAUUGGGUUUAGAUUAGAAUAGAGAAUUUUUUUUUUAUUUUACCUCCAUAUUUUAUAAUGCAUAUGGAUAAUACAUGUUUUGGGUGCAAUUAGAUCCAGCUUGAGACCAAGGAAUGUAGAUAUAUGGCUUUUAUGAUUUAUCUUUUUUUUUAUUUUACAACAACGAAUAAUGUUUUUGAUCUUUUUAGAAGCAACACUGUACCAAUGUUUUAUUGCUCCAGUGGAAUGUUUAAAAUGCUCCAAAUAUUUUUCUUAGUUUCAUUUUACAACCAUCAUUAAUCUGUUAUGAUUGUCCACAAUUCAUCAACGAAACUUUGUAUUUAUAAAGAUUGUGAUUCCACCCAUUCUCCAUCAUUUUAUCUACUAACUAUUCCAUGAAGUAGCCACUUCAUCACGAAUCGUGAUUUAAAUGAAAAGGUUGGAAUAUGUUCCAUUCAUGUUACACAUAUGUUCAGUUAACAAAACUUGCUGUUCAGAAAAUUUUUAUGUUGCUCAAUGACUAUUGAUGGUUUAUGGAUAAAACUGUAUUUUUGAUUUGACGUGGGAAAAGAUUGAAAUGUUCCAUUAAUGUUACAGAUUUGUUGUAUGUUGAGAUUAACAAAACUUUUUGUCAUGAUAUGUUUAAGUCAUAGGCAGCCAAAAAUUUAUUGCUGCAUAUGAUUCAUACAUUUAACAAAGAAUACAGUAGCUUGAUGCCUGCCAGUGUAUGGAAAGAAAUUAUAUAUUUUUUCAACUUUUAAAGAUAUUCUAGUCUAAGAUGAUUUAUAAAAUUUAAUUUAUUCAAUGUAGAUUUUUUUAUUUAUAUCUGUUAACAUGAAAUCAAAAGAGUUACACACAAGAUCAUAUGGUAUAUUCAAUACUGUCAUGUUAUUCCAAUUAAUAUGAAUAUAAAAUCUACACAGGUGAACUAAAAUGAAUAUCAAUAAUUUAUUCCACAGUUUGGAAAAAUAUUUAUAUCACAGUUUGAAAAAAAAAAAUUAAUUUGAAAAGAGAGGAAUAAAUGCAAUAUUAACAGUUAUUUUUGCAAAACAAAUUUUAUCUAAGAGCAAAUGUGAUUUUUUUUUUGUUCAACUUAAAUCAACUACACUACCUAAAUAUGCUUAUUGGAUUUGGUUAGCAAAAAUAAUUCAAUGUUCUGAAGACAAUUUUUUACUUUGUUUGCAAAUUAAGGCUCCUACCAUAGUGUAUCAUAAAAAUACUUUAGUUUUAUAGCUGGAACAUUUCAUACAUAAAAUACUGGUUAGUGAGUAGUGCAAUGGUUUGAUGUCUCCACAUUUGUAUACAUGAUUUUAUGUAAACCAGUGAUAUCUUCUUGCAAGAAUUGAGAUAAUUUUAUUUCUUGGAUUUUGCAUAUUCUAAAUAAAUAUUCUAGAAAUCUCAUGAUUAAUGAUAUUAUGAUAUAACAGAUAUAUUCUUAAAUAUGUUUUACUCAUCAAAUGCCAAAGUUAUGUUUUUCAUUUUGAAAUUUACCAUCAUUGGUCAUCAGUGAAAAUUUGCCUAUGUAAUUUGGGUUGUAUAGCAUCCUGAUUCAGUAAUCCACCUUACAUUUGCUCAGAAUAGUAUAUGCAAUCUAAAUUCAAUACUCGUUUUGAAUAUCUAGUGUAACAGUUUUUUUUUUUAGGAAUUUAGUGUAGGAAAAGUGCAAGAUAAAAAAUUUACAUUAAGGUUUUCCGAUCCUCAGCCACAAAGUGGGUUUUUUUUUAUCCUAAAAAUAUUAUUUAUCCUUCAAACUUUAUAUAAAUGAAGUAAAAUAAAAAGAAAUUUUUUUUUAUAGUAAUCGUGCAUUUUAUUGCAAUUAUGGCCAUGAUGAAUAUAAAAGAAUAAAAAAGGUUUACAAAUUAGUAAAAAAAAUAAAAGGUCAUAUCGGAGCAACAGUGGCUCGAACCCCAUUACUUCUAGGUAGUAGUUCUUCUUGGAGCCACUAAUCCAAGCUGUUUGUUGAAUGGAUUAGUGUAAUAUUAACACUUCAAGACUGAUUAAAUGUACCUUAGUGAAAGGCAGAUUUAUGGUACGGAUAAAAAAAUUCCAGAUUAUUUAGAGUCAAUCUUAUUAUCGAACAUUGCUGAGGAUUGGAGAUUGUUAAUGCUUGAUGUGAAAAUUUCAUGGCAGAUUGUCUCAGGUUACCGAUUAAUAUGUAUACUCUGACUUAUACAUGUAUUUAUAGUUGUUUGUCAUUAAUUUUAUAUUAAGAAGAAUAUAUUUUAUUUGUAUUAAUGAAUAGAUAAGUGGUAAUGUAGUAUUAUAUGGAAAAUACUUGUAAUAAUCAUCUUAAUUCUUGUCAGUGCUCAUAACUGACAUGAUUAAUUAAUUAUAAUUAUCAUGCAAUAUGAAAUUCAGGUUGUGACAAUUUUGUUUCACUGAAAUAAUUUCAUGAUGCAAUCUCUCUCUCUCUCUCUCUCUCUCUCUCUCUCUCUCUCUCUCUCUCUCUCUCUCUCUCUCUUGCAGAUUAAAGAUUCUAAGGUUUUUCAUUUGAUUUACUGUAAAUAUAUGUUAAUCAGCCAAGAAGAUUUUGAUUUUCUCCUGAUCAAGUCAUUUUUUAUUUUCAAAUUCCAUGGGAUUAGAUGUCAAUUAGAGUAAAAAGAAAUUAUAAUUAAAUUAGCUAGAGCAUUUAAAAAGAGAUUUCCUAUAUUCAGUACCAAAUGAGAAUGGAGGAAAGGAGAAGAAAGAGAGAUAUGUCAUAAUAUAUUGCAUGUUUUGGUGGCUUUACUCAGACACUAGCAAUAUAAAUUUAAGAUGAUUAAUUGUACAAAGGGGAGUAACUUGUACCAAGAUUUCUCAUUUCUUGCAUACAUUCCAUUGAUUAGGAAAUCCAUCAUAUUGCAUAUCAAUUAUUAUUUAUUACUUGCACUUCUAUAUCUGUAUGGAUUAUUUACUGAUAAGUGAAAGAAACUUACUGGUUUAUAUAGAUAUAUAUAUGGAUUUUGUAUUUUUUAAAAUAUAUUCUCUAUAGCUAAAAACAGAGGAACCAAAUACUGGUAUGUCCAAUUGUUAAUCCAGAAUUAUUCAAGAUUUUGCUAUGUUAAUUGAAUACAUAUCAACACCAUUAGGUGUUAUGGUGCAUGUUUUAUUACUUUGUAUAUGGAAUACAAAAAUAUAUGUAUUUUGCAAUUUAUAAAUUUAAUAAAUCUUUACUUUGAUUUAA